AAAUACCUUUAUUCCCUCCCUUUUUUAUUUAUUUGUAAUUGCAAGUAACCAUUCUACCACGAACUACUAUGUUUUUUUCCGGUUAAACGCAAAAACAAUCUCAAUCUCUCUCUUCCUUCUUCCGAGAAAUGGAGAAUGGCAUGGAUACUGCGCAGAAUUCUUCUCCAUUAUCGUCGCUGAUAUUCAUGGGAACAGGUUGCUCUAGUGCGGUACCAAAUGCUAUGUGCUUGAUCCAGUCUUCUGAUCCUCCUUGUCCUGUCUGCCCUCAAUCCUUGUCCAUUCCUCCCGAUCAAAACCCUAAUUAUCGGGGUAAUACAUCUCUCCUCAUUGACUAUUGCCAAAGUGAUGGUAAGCAUAAUUACAUAUUAAUUGAUGUUGGAAAGACUUUCAGAGAGGCAGUACUUCGCUGGUUUACCUUCCAUAAAAUUCCACGAGUUGAUUCAGUAAUCUUGACACACGAACAUGCUGAUGCAAUUCUUGGUUUGGACGACAUACGAGCUAUUCAACCAUUUAGCCCUACAAAUGAUAUCAACCCAACUCCAAUAUACCUCACCCAAGAUUCUAUGGAUAGUGUUGCUGUGAAGUUUCCUUACUUGGUGCAAAAAAAACUUAAAGAAGGCCAGGUUAUAAGGCGAGUAGCCCAGCUUGAUUGGAAGAUAAUUGAGAGUGAUCAUGAGAAACCUUUUAUUGCAUCGGGCCUGCAAUUUUUCCCCUUACCAGUGAUGCAUGGUGAAGAUUAUGUUGCAUUAGGUUUUCUGUUUGGCCAAAAGAGCAAAGUUGCUUAUAUAUCUGAUGUUUCGCAUUUUAUUCCGGCUACUGAGGCUGUUAUUUCCAAAAGUGGCGGUGGGCAACUGGAUCUUCUUAUCUUGGACACCCUUUACAAGGAGUAGAAGAAUUUUCUGGUCGAUUUAUGAUCAGAUCAGAAUUUAACACGUCUAGCCAGGAGAUACGCUGUCCCAAAAUGUGGGAUUUGUAGGAUGAACUGAAAAGUUACAUAAAAUACCUCAUGGAUUUGGGAAUUGGAAGGAGUCUGAUGUACAGGUAUAUGAUGAUUUAGAUGCUGUGUAUGAAGGCUAAAAGACUUAUAUGCUGUGAAGAGGUCUGAUGAGUGUAUGAAGAGUGAAAAUGUUGACUGAUGUGCUGGGUUGAGAAAGUUCGGCCCACCUCUUACAUUUUGUCUGACUGUAAUUAUUGAGCCACAACUUGGCAUAAUAAUCCAAUGCAUUACAAUGUUUUUAGUUGUAUAGAAACAAGAUAAAUUCACAAUUAACAGCGUAACUGCACUGCAAUAAAUAAGAAAUUCAAGUUUGGGACAAAAUGAGGAUGCAUAAAGAAAUAAACUUCUCAAGGCUGGAACUUUGUGGUACUAGUUUGCUAUGCAACAAUGGAGCAUGCUGUUGAGGAUUGCAAGUUUGCUGUUCUCACUCUCUUGAGUUAGGAAGUGUUAAGGGGAUAUAUGUUUGGGUCUUUGUUUUUUGACAUACUUCUUACUGAUGCCCAAGACCUAUUUAUGGAAACACAUUUUUUAGGGCUGAAGUUUAUUUUGUUUUUAACUAGGAAUGACACGGCCGCAUGUGUCCUUCUAUGAUAUUACUAAGUUUAAAUCCCAUGUAUUCGGUGGUGAUUUGGAAAGCAUCUAUGGUAUAGGAAAUUUUCCCUUUUUCAUUUCAAUACUGGCAUUAUUAUCCUGAGUCUGGUUUGAAAAGACUCAGUUGGCCUUCCCAACCUUAAAAAUAAAUAGGUACUUUUGAGGAAAUUUUGGCUUUUAUAAAAGAUCUAGAUGAUGAUCAUUCUCAAAGGGAUGAUCAAGGACUCUGCUAGUAAUGUCAUAGAUUUGCUGAUGUACAUGGAAACCCAUAAUGGCACUACAAGAUUGGGGCAUGCAGUCACCUUGAGGUAUUCCAGAUGCAUGUCCUUUAUAUUACUUCGCUACAUGCCUACCUUUAUUCACUUAUAAGAAAAUAAUUUCUUAUUAGAGAUCUGUUGUUUUAUCAUAGAUUCAUAGUGGUAAACUUUUAGAUUUAUAAAUUCAUAU